CUCGACCUUUCACCUAAUUUCCUCCUCACGCGCUCAACCAAACAGUCGCUGCGCUCGUGAGGACACAACUACCGGACCGGCGUUUCACAGGGUUGUUGGAUCCAGCGGGAACAUUCAGAAAUGUGGAUGAGUACGUUUGCACGUUUUGCCCUUCCUGUGCUGCAGAGGAGUACCUCCCCGUUAGCCCUCAAGGCCCUGAGGGCUUGUCGCAGAAUUGAGAUGGCUGAAGUUCCACCACCCUUUUUCCUGACUACAAUACAUAUUCGUGGGCAUCACACACUUGGCUCUGCCUCCCUCCCCAUGGCUCGCCGCUCAGUGAGAAAUGUCCGGGCUCUGGACGAGGACAGGCUUUUGGAGGUGGAGUGGGAGGAUGGAGGACAAAGUCUGUUCCCUUUCACCUGGCUUAGAGACAACUGCCAGUGCCCGGUGUGCACCCUGCAGUCCGCACAGGCUCGCUUGCUCCCGCUAAGUGAUCUUGAUGUCCACACAGGAGUAAAUGUUGUGGAGAUCACCAAUGACAACAAGGUCCUGGUCGUGUGGCCGGACCAUCACAACAGUGUCUUUGAUGCCGACUGGCUGAGGAAACGCUGUUUUUCUACUACUGCCAGACAAGCAAUGCAAGAGGAGCUUUUUCUGAACGAGCGUUAUUACUGGGACGCCAAGCUGCGUAUCCCCACAGCCGAUUACCAGGAAGUGCUCGCUGACGAUAAGGCUGCGCUCGCCUGGCUGCUGGCCCUGCGCCGCGUUGGCAUCGUGUACCUGAAGGGGGCUCCUGCAGAGCAGGGCCAAGUGGCCCGGCUCGCAGAGAGGAUCGGCUAUCUCCGGCUGACAUUUUAUGGGCAUACAUGGCAGGUCCAGGACAAACCCAUGGCAAACAAUGUAGCCUACACUUCAGGGAAGCUCAGCCUGCAUACAGACUACCCCGCGCUAAACUUUCCACCUGGAGUGCAGUUUCUGCACUGCAUCAACCAGGCUGUGAAAGGAGGCGAGAGCGAGGUGGUGGACGGCUUCCACAUGGCCGAGCAGCUGCGGAGAGAAGACCCAGAGGCUUUCAGGACGCUCACCUCUCUGCACGUGGACUUCAUCGACACCGGAACGGACUACUGCGACUUCAUGCUGCAGUCCAAGAACCGCAUCAUCGACGUUGAUGCUGAGGGCCGAGUUAUGAAGAUAAACUACAACAACGCCACCAGAGACUCGGUGCUGGACCUCCCCCUGCACCAGGUCCAGCCUUUCUACAGAGCCCUGAGGGCCUAUGUGGACAUCAUGAACAGACCGGAGAACGUGGUCACCUACACCAUGCAGCCAGGUGACAUCGUGACCUUUGAUAACUGGCGUCUGCUGCACGGGAGGAAGAACUUCAUCAGCAGGCCAGACAGGCUGAGACACCUGGAAGGCGCCUACCUGGACUGGGACGAGAUCAUGUCUCGUCUCCGGAUUCUCCACAGAAACGUCCAGGAGGAAGUGAGCUGCGGACACAAGACCACGUUUGACUAGACGUCCUUCCACUCCGACUGAUUAGUCUUAAAGCCUGAAGACGAGAAGACAAACACCG